AUGCGCUUCUGGGAACUAGCGCUGAUAGCUGUGGCCAUAUUGAUAUGCCAAGCUGGAGUGUUCUACUUCCAAGCGUGGCGCUGCGAACAAAAGCUACCGAAAAUGCUAGACGAUGAAUUCACAGCUCUAGUUGUGACGGAUGUGCAUCUGCUGGGCAAGCGGCGACGCUCGGUCAUCGAAAGAAUGUGGGUGGAUUGGCAGAUCCGCGCGGCCAUAAGAGCGGCAGUAGAUGUGCACGCGCCCGAUGUGGUUGUUGUUCUUGGUGACCAGUUUGACGAGGGCGGUCGCCGGACGUCCGACUCAGACUGGGACGAAUACGCUCAGCGAUUCUUACGUGUGUUUGCCAGCUUUCUGCCCAAAAAGACACUCUACGUUGUGGGCAACCACGACACGUCGUUCGGACGAGAAAUGAACCUUCACGAUUUAAAACGCUUUGAAGUCACAUUCGGUGCUACGAAUCACUUCGACGUUAUCGAAGGACACACGUUUGUUGUACUGAACACGAUGGCGCUGGACUCUGAUGUGGCUAGCCAUGAUGUGCGAACGGAUGCAAUGACCUUUUUCAAUAGUAUUAAGUUAAGCGAUCUACGCAUGCGCGGACACAAAAAAGUUAUUCUACUAUCGCACUUGCCGCUUUUCCGCGAAAAUGAUCUUCAGUGUGGAGAAGAGCGACUUCGUGAAGUAGGCCACGUGACGUACGAAGCUCCUGAAUUUGAAUACACAACGCAUCAUCACGUGCUCUCGAGAGAGUUGUCCGUAGAACUGCUAGUUAAGGUGCAGCCUGAUCUAGUGCUCUCAGGUCAUACGCAUGCAUGGUGUGCGUGUAAACAUCCUGACUCAAAGGUGAUGGAGUACACUGUUCCGGCUUUCUCGUGGGGACAGCGCCCUGAUCCAAGCUACGCACUGUUGAGACUUUCGCAGACGCAAGAGUCUAUCAUUACAGCUUGCAAUUUACCACGCGAGCCACUUAUCUUUGCCGCGUACGGUGCAACUGUGUCUAUUCUCGUGCUGGCACAUGUUGUGAGAUUUGUACGCAGACGACAAGCACAAAAGACGAAAACUACCAAGGGUGUGUGA